AUUUUGUGCACAUAUAAUUUUUAAAAUUAAGUCAAUAACUUAAAAAAUGGAAGCUUCCAUAACCAAAUUCUGCCAUCGGAGUUCUCUUGUGAGAGCCUUGAAACCUCUCCAUUUCAAGCUCGCAAACUCCCUCCGUUUCUCUUCUGGAGGGGGAAGAUCGCUCGAAAGAGCUUAUGACGCAUUGUUGUUGGAUGCUGGAGGUACCCUUUUGCAAUUAGCAAAGCCUGUCGCAGACACUUACGCUUCCAUUGGCAGAAAAUACGGUCUCACUGCAACUUCAGCUGAAAUAAAGAAGGGAUUUAAGAGAGCUUUUGCUGCUCCGUGGCCCGAGAAACUCCGUUACCAGGGAGAUGGAAGGCCGUUUUGGAGAAUUAUUGUUUCUGAAGCAACUGGUUGCAGCAACAAUGAUUAUUUUGAAGAAGUCUAUGAGUAUUAUGGAAAUGGUGAAGCAUGGCAUCUUCCGGAUGGAGCUUACCAGACAAUUUUCCUCCUCAAAGAAUCUGGAGUGAAGGUGGCAGUUGUAUCCAAUUUUGACACCCGCUUAAGGAAGUUACUGAAAGACCUCAAUGUUAUAGAUCUAUUUGAUGCCGUAGUUAUAUCCUCAGAGGUUGGAUAUGAAAAACCAGAUCCAAGGAUAUUUCAAGCUGCUUUAGAUGAAAUGAGUAUACAUGCUAGCAAGGCUGUACAUAUUGGAGAUGAUGAAAAAGCAGAUAAGGAGGGGGCGAGUGCUGUUGGGAUUGAUUGCUGGUCAGUAUACAUUUCAUACAAACGCCUUUGUUGUGGGGAACAGAUGUGAAGACAUUUUCAGAUAUACAAAACCGCAUCAUCCUAGAAUCAUAAGUGCCAUUAGAAUGCCGACAUCAUUGGUAGUACUUCAACUCUAUUCGACAUUCUUUUAUGUGUUAAUUAUCCUUGCAAAGAAAGAGGUUUUGAUAUUACGUUGUGAGACAUUGUAUAAGGUUGAUUAAACUAUAUAUCUUACCUUCUAUAUGAUAGAUACAUGUUAAUGGUGAUUAUUCCGGAUGUAUGGCUGUUUGAACAUUAUAAAUUGCUAUUCAAUCAGGGGAUUUAUUUUAA